AUGAGUAUUCCGGAAUCUGUAAAAAAAUGUGUUGCUAUUUUGAAAGCAGCCGGAAGUGAUACAGAAAAAUUUGCCGGAUUGUUUAUGGUUACUAAACUUGUUAAAGCACCCGACUGUACAACUCAAUGUAAAAAGUUAUUAUUAGAAGCAAUAGGAUUCAAAUUUUUGAAGCGUCUCUUGACAAGUACAGAAGUCCCUGAUGAUUGCCCACCAUUAGUGUAUAAAUCUGUUGCAAUGUCUGUUCUUUCAAGUUUCUGUUCAGAGCCAGAAUUAGCAACGCAUCCAGAAAUUCUAGCCAACAUACCUGUUUUUCUGGAAGUUGUCCAACAAGCUGAUGACGAUGAUUUAGAUGAUAAUUUGAUGGUAAUUAGUGAGGCAUAUCAAUGUCUGCAAUUUAUUGCAGCCCAUGAACCUGGGCAGAAAGCACUUCUCGAUCAGGGAGCUGUAGCUAAGAUGUCAGAAAUAUAUUCUCAGCAAAGUUUCCAAACAGAUGAAGCUUUAAAUAUUUUGGUUUCUUUAGUUACCCGAUUUGGGCCAAAUUCAUGGGAUGAAAAUCCUAAAGCAUUUCAUGCAAUUGUGAAUAAAAUUGCAUUGGAUUUUGAAACCGACCAUAGUGAAAGGAAGUUUGAAUUAUGUGGCAUUCUUCGAGCAUUACUGGUAAGCUGUAGGCGAGAGAUCAUUUCAUCAACAUCAUCUGAGGCAUUGUGGCCUAUAAGUGUUUAUAAAGGUCUAACUGAUAUUUUAACCAGUAAAAUUGGAAAAGCACAACGUGAUCCAGCUUUAAAACUUGCUUCAGCAAUGGUAGAAUUAUUGGGUGUUGAAUGGACUUUGACAGAUGAAGAAAAACCACGGCAGUUUUUCUUAUUACUUGUACAAUUGAACUCCAUUGAAGUUAGAAUGCAACUUGAAGACAGAAACUUCAAACAAAUAAUGGUGAAUUCUGAUUUGGUCACUGCAUGUUUUGUUACUCUGGAAAUGUCAGUCUCAUACAUAGCAACUGAUACAUUAGAUUUGGAACAGAAAGAAAAACAGUCACUAUAUACAGCUUUGAAAGGUGCUUUUGCUGCUGUAAUAGGCACUCUUACAAAUGUUUCAAAAGACUUUCCUAAGAAUAAAGAUAAUUAUAGUACAGAAGAGAAAGCAUUUAUUUUUGCUAUGGUGAGAGUUCUUGCAGCUUGGUUGACUCAGGAAACAUCAGCCAUGAAAAAUGCAGUGUAUGCUCUUCUUCCAUUUAUUUUGAGUCUUGCUAAUGAAACCUUUUAUGCAUGUCGCGCUAGGCGACUUGCAGAAAAGAGCAAUGUUGAUUCAAAGGAUGAACAAGGAUCGAAUGUAAAUGAUGGUGACCUCCUUGCUCAAAGUGAUAUAUUACGUCUCCUGCUUCCUUCCUUGUGUCACUUAGCGGUGGAAGAAGAAGCAAGAAAGAUUCUGCUGCAAAUUAAGGAAGAAGAAGUAUUAUAUGAAUGCCUGGCUUAUCAUUGGUCAAUAGUUCACUGUAAGAAGCCACCUGUCCCAAAAUCAGAAAGGGGGAAAGUGAAAGCUAAUCCAGAACCUGAAUUAGAUCCAAAACUUCUAGAAGAAAUGAAAGAUUCCCGAACAGCUAUGGUUAGCAUUUGUAAUGUGUUCAUGAAUAUUACAGUCCUAGAAGCAAAGCUGGUCGAGGAGAGUCUAUUAUUCAACACUUUGCUGAAAUUCAUUUUUAACAAUCUUCCUGAGCUCAAGAACAUUCCUGAUAAUCUGGUUCUUCAUGGAAAUCUGGCAGUGUUAGGAUUAUUGUUACUGAAACAACAAUCAAAACGAUUGAAGAAAAAUGAUUUCACUAUAUGUCGAUUCAUUCAGUCCACCAUUCGAUUCCUUUGGGAUGCAUUUAAUGUUGACGAAUCCAAUGAUGCAUCAUCUUUGGUAGUGACAAUGGCAUAUAAAAAAUACUGGUUUGAAUUAAUGGAGCUAUGGUUUCUGGGAAUGCAGACAAUGAGUGCUGUUCUUGCACUUGUUCCAUGGAUUUCUGAGUUUGCGAUUGAAAGUGGUUGGGCCCAGGGUAUUAUUGACACUUUGCACAAAGUAAGAAAGGGAUCAUUGCCAGCAAACACUAAAUCAGCAUAUGAGGAUUUCUUGUGCCACCUAGUUGAUGCCAACAACAGUGUUACUACAGUAUUGAAAGAGCAUGAUGCUUUGUCAGUUUGCCGAACCCAUCGUUUUAUGGAGCUGGGCAAGAAGCUCUUUGGAGACUAA